UUGCUGAGCAGACUUGAAUGGGCCUGUGUGCUGUGCUCCUCGUCCUGCUGCUGGAUGCUGUGGAUUGUGCUCAGGCAAGCUCCGAAGUUGCGACAUCGUGAGCACAGGGUCACUGCCCACAUAGGGGAGGAGCAAGCGGCUGAGCAGUGGCAGGUCUCCGCCAGCCUUCCUGGUGGGGUCUCCCUGGCGCUGUGCGGGGGCACAGAUUGGUAGGCUAUUGGAGGAUAGGUACAAGUACUACAGAAAUGCAAAUCCCUGUAAAUCUGGAAGAGGUAGGGCCCUGGCCUUGAAGCUUGGACUGAGAACCUACACUGUGUACCUUCAGCUAAUUCUAACUCUAAGGGAGGUGCUCCAGACUUACUGGCCAGUCAGAGCCUUUAGGCUGACCUGCCAGUCAGAAGAGAAGGCGGGUUUUCCGGUUGCCUUGGUGCGAGGGGUUUCACUUAGUAGCUGAGCCAGCUUGAAUGGGCCUGUGUGCUGUGCUCCUUGUCCUGCCGCUGGAUGCUGUGGAUUGUGCUCCGGCAAGCUCCGAAGUUGCGCCAUGGAUGAAUUGACCUAUGAUGAUGUGCAUGUGAACUUUACUCGUGAAGAAUGGGCUUUGCUGAAUCCUUCACAGAAGAGCCUCUACAAAGAUGUGAUGCUGGAGACCUACAGGAACCUCAACACUAUAGGCUACAAUUGGGAAGACAAUAUUGAAGAACACUGUCAAAGUUCCAGAAGACAUGGAAGGCAUGAAAGAAGACUUAUUGGAGAGAAACCCUCUGAAAAUAUUCAGUGUGGUAAAGACUUUGCAAGUCACAGUUAUCCUCAAAGGCACCAAAUAAUACAUACUGGAGAGAAACCCUACAAAUGCAAUCAAUGUGGUAAAGCCUUUGCACAACACAGUACUCUGCAAAUACAUAAAAGAACACAUACUGGAGAGAAACCCUAUGAAUGUAAUCAAUGUGGUAAAGCCUUUGCACAACACGGUAAUCUCCAAAUACAUAAAAGAACACAUACUGGAGAGAAACCCUAUGAAUGUGAUCAAUGUGGUAAAGCCUUUGCAUAUCUUGGUCAUCUGCGAGUACAUAAAAGAAUACACACUGGAGAGAAACCUUAUAAAUGUGAUCAAUGUGGUAAAGCCUUUGUAGCUCAGAAUGCUCUUAAAAGACAUGAGAGAGUUCAUACUGGAGAGAAACCUUACAAAUGUGAUCAAUGUGGUAAAGCAUUUGCAUAUCAUAGUUAUCUCCAAGUACAUAAAAGAACACAUACUGGAGAGAAACCCUAUGGAUGUAAACAAUGUAGUAAAUCCUUUGCCUCUCAUGAUCAACUUCAAAUUCAUGAAAGAAGUCAUACUGGAGAGAAACCUUACAAAUGUAAUCAAUGUGGUAAAGCAUUUGCAUAUCGUAGUACUGUCCAUGUACAUAAAAGAACACAUACUGAAGAGAAGCCCUAUGAAUGUAAGCAAUGUAGUAAAUCCUUUGCCUCUCAUGGUCAACUUCAAAGUCAUGAAAGAAUUCAUACUGGAGAGAAACCAUACAAAUGUAAUCAAUGUGGUAAAGCCUUUGCAAAUCAUAGUUAUCUCCAAGUACAUAAAAUAACACAUACUGGAGAGAAACCCUAUGAAUGUAAGCAAUGUAGUAAAUCCUUUGCCUCUUAUGGUCAACUUCAAAUUCAUGAAAGAAUUCAUACUGGAGAGAAACCUUACAAAUGUAAUCAAUGUGGCAAAGCCUUUGCAUAUCAUAGUACUCUCCAAUUACAUAAAAGAACACAUACUGGAGAGAAACCUUACAAAUGUAAUCAAUGUGAUAAAGUCUUUGCAUAUCACAGUUAUCUCCAAGUUCAUAAAAGAAUACAUACUGGAGAGAAACCUUAUAAAUGUGAUCAAUGUGGUAAAGCCUUUGUAGCUCAGAAUGGUCUUAAAAGACAUGAAAGAAUUCAUACUGGAGAGAAACCUUGCAAAUGUAAUCAAUGUGGUAAAGCAUUUGCAUAUCAUAGUACUCUCCAAAUACAUAAAAGAACACAUACUGAAGAGAAACCCUAUGAAUGUAAACAAUGUAGUAAAUCCUUUGCCUCUCAUCAUGGACUUCAAAUUCAUGAAAGAAGUCAUACUGGAGAGAAACCUUACAACUGUAAUCAAUGUGGUAAAGCAUUUGCAUAUCAUAGUUAUCUCCAAGUACAUAAAAGAACACAUACUGGAGAGAAACCCUAUGAAUGUAAGCAAUGUAGUAAAUCCUUUGCCUCUCAUGGUCAACUUCAAAGUCAUGAAAGAAUUCAUACUGGAGAGAAACCUUACAAAUGUAAUGAAUGUGGUAAAGCCUUUGCACACCAUCAUAAUCUUCGAGAGCAUAAAAGAAUACAUACUGGAGGGAAACCCUAUUGAUGUAAGCAAUGUAGUAAAUCCUUUGCCUCUCAUGGUCAAGUUUGAAAACAUGAAAGAAUUUCAUACUGGAGAGAAACCUUACCUAUGUAGAUAAUAUGGUAAAGCCUAUUCAUAAUCAAGUCACCUCCAACUACAUAAAAGAACACCUAUGAAUAUAACCAAUGUGGUAAAAGCCUUUUCAGUGAUCUUGAAAGGUGUGAAUAUACUUGGUCCAUAGCAAGUGGCUGUAUUAGGAAGUAUGGCAUUUCUGGAGUAGAUGUGGCAUUUGAGAAAGUAUGUCACAGUGCAGGUGGACUUUGAGAUUCUAUGCUUAAGCUCCACCCAGGGCAGAAGAGUCUUCUUGUUGCCUUCUGUUCAAGAUGUAGAACUCUUGUCUCCUCCAGCACCAUGUCUGCUUGGACACUGCCAUUUUUUUCAGCCUUGAUGAUAUCAGACUGAACCUCUGAAUCUGUACACUACCCCCAAUUAAAUGUCCUUUAUAAGAGUUGCCUUGGUCAUAGUAUCUUUUCACAGCAAUAAAAUCCAAGUUAACACAAACAGCAUAAAAGAUACCA